AUGGGGUUUCUAUAUGCUUCAUUCCAACGCUCACAAAUUCUUUCGAAUUGCAAACUUUCAGAUUUCAAGGAUACAAACAUGGCAGAAUUCCUGUGGACCUUUGCCGUACAGGAAGUGUUGAAGAAGACGGUGAAGCUGGCGACCGAGCAGAUCGGCUUGGCAUCAGGAUACGAGGAGGAACUCUCUAAGCUGAAGGACUCUUUACUCAUGGCGCAAGCCAUCUUAAGGGAUGCUGAAAGAAUGAAGACAAACCUUGAAUCCCAGAAGCAAUGGGUGAAGCAGCUUGAAGAUAUCAUCUUCGAGGCUGAUAUUUUACUCGAUGAGCUUGCUUAUGAAGACGUUCGACGCAAAGUGGAAAUCGAAAAAUAUAAGGUGGUACGUAAUUUCUUUUCAUUCUCCAAAAAUCCCCUUGCUUUUCGUCUCAAAAUGGCAAAUAAAAUCACAACUAUGGCUAAAAAUUUGGCCGACUUUAAUUCUACACAAAGUCCAUCGGGAUGUGUUGCUACAAUAUCUAAUGAAGCUGAAAUUGAUCUUAAUCAAACUCGAGAGACAGACUCAUUUCCAGAUGAAAUUGGAGUUAUUGGAAGGGAAUCUGAAGUAUCAAAUAUAUUGGAUAAACUACUUGCCCUCAAUAACCAAAAAACUCUAGUUGUUUUACCCAUUGUUGGUACCGGUGGGUUAGGAAAAACAACUCUGGUGAAGGAGAUUUUCCAUCAUGAAACCAUAAGGAAGAAUUUUGAUACUUUUAUAUGGGUAUGCGUGUCUCAUCCUUUUAAAAUCAACAAAAUUUUAAGAGCAAUCCUGAAAUCCUUGAAUCCUAAGCUUGAUGGCUCAGAUGAAAAGGAAGUCAUUCUUCUGAAGCUCCAAGAUCUACUGAGUGGAAAAAAGUAUUUUCUUGUGCUUGAUGAUGUUUGGAACGAGGAACCCAUUCUCUGGACUGAGUUGAGGGCUUGUUUACUAAAGAUCAAUAAAAAUAUGGGAAGUGCUAUAGUUGUGACUACCAGAAGUGAUAAAGUUGCAGAAAUUAUGGAGACAAAAUACAGACAUCAUUUGAGUCCAUUACUAGAUGAUCAUUGUUGGUCGUUAUUUGAAAAAUGUGCAUUUGAAAGUAAAUUACCAGUAAUUUCUGAUGUCAUUCAAGGAAAACUUGUUAAAAAAUUUGGUGGCAUACCAUUGAUUGUGAAAGUGUUGGGAGGAAUGGUGAUAUCAUGCAAGAAUGAUGAGGAAUUGCAAUCGACUUUGGAAAAGCUAGUGAGAAUUGAAUUGUCAAAGGAAGAUCUUAUUUUAUUCACAAUCAAAUUAAGUGUGGACCGUCUACCAUCUUCUUCAUUGAAACAAUGUUUUACCUACUGUUCAAAUUUUCCACCCGACUUUUUCUUCGAUAAAGAAGAACUUGUUCAAAUGUGGGUAGCACAAGGGUUUAUUCAGAUACCCAAUGGAAGCAAUGUAACAAUGGAGGAUAUUGGAGCGAGAUAUUUCGAUAUUUUGUUGUCUCGCUCCUUGUUUCAAGAUGUUGUCAAGGAUGAGAGAGGAAAAGUUGAAUAUUGUAAGAUGCAUGAUCUUAUAUAUGAGGUCGCAUGUGCUAUUUCAAAUGAUCAACAUUGGAGAGAGGACCUUGUAACAGAUGGAAAAUCUCAUGAUGAUGAAGUUCUUUUGAUCCGUCGAAGAAGAAGAACAGUUUAUUGUUGUGAAAAUGUACCAUUUGGUAAUCAAGUUAAGAUCACUAACUUCAUUUACUUGCGGGUUUUAAUUAUUAGUGGUGAGUUUGUAACUGAAUUGCUUGAUACAAUUGGUAAAUUGAAACAUUUGAGGUAUCUUGACAUUUCAAAAUCUGGAAUAAGUGAGCUCCCAAAAUCAAUUGUUUUGCUUUACAAUUUACAGUCUUUGAAGCUUCGAAGGGGUAUAAAGCUUCCAAGGAAGUUGAGAAAGUUGAUCAACUUAAGGCAUUUAGAAUUUGGUUGGUGUAAUUUAAAUCAAAGUCAUCAGAUGCCUAAACAUUUAAGUGGAAUGACUCAACUUCAAACGCUUUCUAUUUUUGUAGUUGAGUCUGAUGAAGGAUAUAAGAUUGAGGAGCUUGGACCUUUAAAAAACCUUAAAGGUCAAUUAAGUCUUCUACAACUCGAGAAAGUCAAAAGUAAAAAGGAGGCCAUGGCUGCAAAUUUAGUUGAGAAGGAAAACAUUACUAAUCUAUCUUUUGAAUGGAGUUUUAGUAGAGAAGACUGUGUUGACAAUGAUUUGAAUGUGUUGGAAGGGCUUCAACCACACAUAAACCUUCAAGCAUUGAGUAUUGUUCACUUUGCAAGUGAACUUAUGCCUAGUGGUAUUUUUGUUAAAAACUUAAUUAAGCUUCGGCGAGUUUUGCAUAAGAUAGGUGUAAAAAGUAUUGGAGACGAGUUUUACAGGAAUUAUCGCGACAGUAAAAUUUUAUUUCCUCAAUUGAAAGCAUUUGAAAUUUCGAAUAUGGACACUUUAGAGCAAUGGAAACAUGUUGGUACUGUGACGAAUAGUACAACUUUUCCUAAACUCGAAAGCUUAACCAUUCAUUCUUGUCGCAAACUAACGAAUAUUCCAAACAUUUUUGCAACGCAUAGCCCGAGGUUGGAAGCUGACACUAAUGUUGUAGCUCGCUCGAAGAUUUUUGCAUAUGCAACUUUUGUGAUGAUAUUUCCUUUCCAAAUUUGCAAUAUAUGCAAAAACUCGUCUUCAUUAGAAAUUGAAAACUUUCAUAAUUUGAGAGAGGGGCUCGACGGUAUUCAUAACUUGAAAACAUUGAAAGUUAAAGGGCCAAUGGAGGGUCAUGAUUGGAGUCGAUUCAUGCCCUUCAAUUCACUUGAAGUUCUUAAGUUGCAUGAAACAGGAACUAAUAGUUUAACACAACUUCCUCGACAGCUUGAGCUCCUCACUUCAUUAAGAUCCUUGCAUAUUGAGAGUUUUAAUGGCAUUGAAUCUUUGCCAGAAUGGUUGGGGAACAUUACAUCUUUGGAGACGUUGAAAUUAUGGUAUUGCAGAAAUUUGAAAAAUUUGCCCUCGAAAGAAGCUAUGUCAAAUCUAGCUAGAUUGAAUUGUUUGGAAGUGUAUGAAUGUUCCCAGCUUGAAGUUGGUGACGGUAGUGUUGAACGGGAAAAGGUUUCGCAUGUACCCGAUGUUCAUGUAUUCUAA